AUGCUGCCAAAGGCUGAGGUUUCCAACACCCUUGGCCCGACAGAUAUGCCACUGGCCAUUGUGAAGUGCAAAGAAGCCCAUCACCCUAGUCCUGAGUCCUGCAAGACUAGUGGCUGUACAAUCAACCUCACAGUCACAUCCACAACCCGGCAGAAUUAUGGCUAUGAUCAUGGGUCAUCCAUGACUCAGGAUAUUGGCUGGAGGGAUACAGUGAUCAAGCCGUUGCUGGUAGAGCCCGAAGGUAUUCGAAAGGAGAUGACACAGGGCUCACUCAUUUGCACUAAUGGAUCAAAGGCAUCUCAAACAAUAGUGCUCACUUCGCCAGACAAUCUUGUGAAAGAUUCCCUUAGACUUUAUUGGUCUGUCCUUGGAGACAUUCUUGGUUCUACCAUGCAAAACUUACAGAAUUUUCUCCAAAUGCCUUUUGGUUGUGGAGAGCAGAAUAUGGCCCUAUUCACUCCCAAUAUUUAUGUCUUGGACUAUCUGAAUCAGACUCAACAACUAACAGAAGAUAUAAAAUCCAAGGCUAUUAGUUACCUGACCACAGGGUAUCAGAAGCAAAUGUCUUAUAAACACUCAGAUGGAUCAUAUAGCUCAUUUGGACCUAGAAAUGAAGAAGGAAACACAUGGCUCACUGCACUUGUGUACAAGUCAUUUGCACAAGCCAAACGUUACAUUUCUAUAGAUGAUGAAGUGCAAUCCAAAACCCUUAUUUGGCUCCUUAGUACUCAGAAAUCAGAUGGCUGCUUCCUAAAUUUUGGUAAAGUCUUCAACAAUGUUUUAAAGGGAGAAGAUAAUGAGGUCGCUCUCACCGCAUAUGUCAUCAGUGCCCUGCUUGAAGCUGAUCACCCCGUCUCGUUUGUGGCAAUUCAAAAGGGUCUCCAGUGCAUAGAGGCUGUUUAUAGGCAGAGGGCUAUGACUACAUAUGACCAGGCACUGUUGGCCUACACCUUCAGUUUAGUGAAUGAUAAAGACAAAAGGGAAUACUUUUUCAAUGAGCUGAGCAAAAAAGCAAAGAAAGCAGGUGACUCACUGUACUGGGGACUGGAAGAGCGAGUAUCUCUGGAGGAGUCAUCCUCUUUCUUCUACCCUCGGGCUUCCUCUGCAAACAUAGAAACAACCAGUUAUGUCCUAUUGGCAUUACUUUCUAAGCCACGGCUAGCUUUGGAGGAGCUAUCCUAUGCUUCUCAAAUUGUACACUGGGUGGCAAAGCAGCAAAAUUCCUGGGGGGGAUUCUCCUCCACAAAGGAUACCGUUGUGGCUCUCCAAGCUCUGACUUUAUUCCAAAGACUUACUUUUUCUAAGAAUAGACAAAAUUUGGUACAAAUUUUCUCUGACAAAGUGUUUAGUAAGGCCUUCCAAGUGAAUGAUGAGAACCGUUUGCUGCUGCAACAAAUUCCUUUGCCAACAACUAAGGAAAUCUACACUGUCCAGGUGGAUGGCAAUGGUUGUGUGUAUGUGCAGACAACUAUGAGAUAUAACAUCCUGCUGCCCAAGAAGUCAUCUGGAUUUUCCCUUUCUGUGAAUACAGCCAAUGUUUUCUGCAGAGGAUUAUUUGAUGCAAAGUUUGACCUUAUUAUUUCAGCGAGUUAUUCUGGAAGGCGCAACUCUUCCAACAUGGCAGUCAUUGAUGUGAAGAUGCUUUCUGGAUUUGGACCUGAUAGAUCGUCAGUCCAGAAGCUUCAACAAGAUGGCAAAGUACAACGAGUAGAAAUCAAAGCUACCCAUGUGUUUUUCUAUCUGGACAACGUUACUCGAAAGGAAAUUCAGUUCUCAUUCUCUGUGGAGCAAGAUGCACCUGUGUCCAACAUCAAGCCUGCAUCUGUCCAGCUCUAUGAUUACUAUGCAACUGUUCUGGUUAAUGACCUAGAUCAGCUUCAGAUUACUACUUUUCAAGCAUUUGGAAAAUUUGAAAAGGUGGAUGAAAGAAUAUGGAUGGCCCUCAAAUUUAUCUGGAAUUGA